UACUGUACGAGCGGACAGCAAAAAUCAAAAUAAAAAUAGUCGCGCACUGGUCCUCAUCCUCCAUCCACCCCACAGACCAAACUCGAGCCUCAAGAAUCAAAAGAUCACCCAGUCGCAUAUAUUAUUCCUUGAUUAACCGGAUAAGCAACGGCGACUGCAUUGCGCUUGUCCCUCAUCCUCCACAGAAAAAGGGAAGAAACGCACUCGCGCCGCUGUUCGGGAAUUCCGGCGUUCAUCUCGUGACUGGCCACAGCGAUGCGAAAGUACCAGCAGCUGGCCUUGGUCCUCAUCUCUAUCAGCUGCAUUGCAAUUCUCCUGGUGUACAAGAGCGAAAACAAUCGGCUGAAAUAUGUGCUAGAAGUGGUGAAUAUUUUCGGCCGAAGCGAUGCAGCUUCGCUGAUCCGGGUAGACAACAGUAGCCGCUACCGAGCCGUCCCGUAUGAUUUCGACAGUCCGCUGCCCGUGUGGCAACGGGUCGGGAAGGAUGUUUAUGUUUAUUCCGCCUACUGGCAAAAGAACGACCUGGAAGCCGGCGGGACGGUUGUCAGCUUGGCGGUCGGGUUGGAACACGCGGUGGUGAAUUUCAAGUGCCAGGUGCAGCACGGUGGCAAGGAUGUGGUGCCGGGAAAGUUCUACUUCAUUCGGCUGGACAACCCUACCGGAUCGGUGGCGGCACCCAACGGGGAGGUGUCCGUGAUCUACAAAUUCCUUUGCAAGGUCAAGAGAGACUUCGGUCAUCCGACGGAGGUGGUUUUUACCGAUUCGGUGCAUGCUAUAAAACGGUACAUCCCACUACGAGUCAUCGAGAGCAAAUCAAUUCCCCAAAAAAUGACCAUUACUGCCUGUGUCGAUUUGAACAACUAUCUGGAAUUGGACGAAGAAUUUCGCAAACCAUCCGCUGUGCUACAAUAUUUCCUCCAUCACCAAAUUGUCGGCGUAGAUGAUUUCAUCGUUUACAACAGCAACGCACUGGACUCGUUAACGACAACCACUUUAUACAACCACGGUAUCAAAAUCAAUCUACUACCCUACAAUUUUCCGUUCGAUCUUGCCAACAAACAACAGAACCGCCAAAUGAUCGAACUGGACUGCCUGAUGCGAAACUUCAACGCAGCUAGGUACACAUUCGUCGGUGCCAUAAACGAGUACGUUUAUCCCAACUCGAGGCUUCGUAGCAGCAAUCAAUUCCUGAGGUACGCAAAUAAAGCUUCGAGUGAUGUUACUCAGUUUGCAGUCACGUCAAGAACAAUUUGCAUCGACGAUCGGAAGAAAAUAUUCUCCGACAACUUGCUUUAUGACGUGGAAGCUCGAGGUGAAAAGUCGUUCUACAUCUAUCGACCCCAGGACUACAAUCGUUCCGGAUCGCAGGAAAUCGUAAAGUCUCUGAGCAUCGAUGGAAACACGUUGUUCAUGCAUCGGUACGUGGAAAAAUGCGCCAGCAAGUCGGAUCUAUACGAUUGGUCAACCGUCAUUAGUAGUGACUUCCUGCAAUAUGUAAACGAAGUCGGGAAAGAGUUGAACAAACUGAUUUUCCGGUAAAGCUCUUGAUCUCAAUUUUGUCUGUUCGAAAGAGUGUCAUUAAUCUACUUUCGGUGAGGAUCUGCGGGAACCUCUCAUAUAGCAAUAUUUUCUACUUAGAUGUUAACGUUCGAUAUCUAAUUUCCAUUGCUCUCAAGCUCAACUCUCUUUGUUUCGCACAAUAAGAAAGGAUACUAAAGCUGACAAAAUCAAAAGGAUAGACGAAUAUUUUUGCAUUACCCUCGCCUGCACUGAUGAAAUAAUAAAAAAAUAAAAUAAAAUGUUUGUAAUUAUUGGCGAAAACGAGAAGCACAUCAUUAACGUAUGCACAACGAGCAUUCGUUUUGGAAUCGAUAAAAAAGGACGUAGGAAAAAUGCUACUUUAAGUGUGAACAACAUAUUUAUUGAACAGGCCUAUCAAAUAGCAUUUAAAUAAAAAAACCUAGUAUAUCACAUAGUCGACCGUCUGCAGCGCAGCGCAUGUAAAUGGUAGGCACAGUAGAAGAAGCAAUGGCGAAUACUCACAACGCAGUAUGGAUUGGUAUCAACGAUUUUAACACGUAACACGUAGAUUUUUUACUCUUUUGAUAAGAAAUAGAAAAGCAACCAAAAAGCAUUCAUUGAAGGCAUAAAUUGUAAAUUGCAGCGUGGUAAUAAAAUUUUAAUCCACUUCAAGUAACAAUAAAGUUUCAAACUCUUUAAUAAAACUAUUCUUAAAGACAAA